AUGACCAUGCUUUACAAGUUUCAAUCACCCGAGAGAGCAUUCUCCCAGGGUCGAGAAAUCCCCCUACUUCCAUUUCUAUUCCUAUUCCUCUUCGGUUUUUGUCUCACGGUCAUUAGUGCUUUGAUCUUCACCUCCAGUACUCUGGCCAAUGACCGUAUUCCAUUCCCCGGACACAAAUCAUCCUUUGCGAUCCUACGCCAGCACUACCAAUUCGUUGUGGAUGGGCCUCGUCUCAUCAAGAAAGGAUACACUCGAUUCAAGGAUGGCUUGUUCGAGAUUCCGCGCACGUUUCGCUUUGGACAGGUCGUCUUGUGCUCCACAGAGCUGAUCGAAGAAUUGAGGAAUAUACGAGGCAAUCUCGUGUCUCCUGAGCCUUGGAUUGAUCAACUGCUACAGAUAUCCCACGUUAUGCCAGGUUACUUCCCCACCGAAGCGGGGUGGCCGAAGGUCGCCAAAACCACGCCGGGCCUCAUCCGUGGCACAGUGUACAAGAACCUUGACCGAUACAUUCCAUCCAUCAACGAGACAAUCCUUUCUCGGUUGAAGCUUUUAGAGUUCAAAGAUGGUGAGUGCAGCACAGGCCUUUUUGACUUGGCAUACUCGAUCGUUGCAUGCAGCGGCAGUCAUUCUCUCGUCGGUGCACGGCUCGCUCAGAAUCAGGAGUACCUCAAUGCGGUAAAGGAGCAUAUCCUUGGGAUGAUUGUGACCGCUCGGGCACAGUUCCUUAUCCCAGAUUAUUUGAAACGAUAUCUUGGUGGGUUUAUUAGUCAUUGCGUCAGUCUCGGGACCAAAUGGAACAUGCUGGCAUCACGCAAAGUUCUGAUGAAGCAUUUCGAUGCACGUGCGGCGGAAUACCUUGCGGAGAUCAACAUCGGAAAUGAAGCCAUAAGCGAGUCGGGUCUUGAUCGCUCAGGUAAUCCGAUUGAAAUCUUCCGCUGGUUGUAUGAGAGCUCCGUUGUCAAGAGACGAUGGAUGUACUCAGAGGUGAUAGGCGAAAUGUUGCUUUUACAGUUUGCCUUCAUCUACACGACAUCCUAUGGUUUGUACGGGGCUCUCGCUGAGCUAGCGCGACGACCGGAGUACAUUGCACCUCUUCGUCAGGAGAUCAAUGAUACUAUUCUCAAGCUAGGACCGACACUUCCGGCUUGCAAGGCUAUGGACCUGAUGGACAGCUUCUUGAAAGAAUGCCAGCGACUACAUCCACCCGCAGCACUCUCUGCUCACAGGGUUUGCAUCUCUGACAUCAAGCUAUCCAACGGUAUCACACUCAAGAAAGGCUCCCACGUCGCUGUUCCCAGCGAGGUCAUUCAGAAAUCCGGCGCAUACUAUGAGGACCCCGAGACUUUCGACGGCUUUCGAUUCGUGAAGCGUGCCGCGGCCGGUGACAAGAAUUCCCGACUAGUUGAUCUGAGUCCUGACUACCUGGUGUUUGGGAUGGGGGCGCAUGCCUGUCCUGGGCGAUGGAUGGCUAGUGCACUGAUGAAGUUAGCUCUUGCGCAUAUCUUGACUCGCUAUGACAUACUCCUGCCUGAUUCAUCCUCUGGGCCCUUGGCUGGAUCACUUUCAUUCGAGGAGUUUUAUGUUCCUAACUUUGGGCUGAAGAUUGCGUUCCGCCAACGCGAUCUAGAAACAAUGCCUGAAACAGCCUCCCAAGCUCCGAAGGCUCGGAUGGACUCAUCCAAACGUCUGAUUCUGCCGCCACGCUCAAUACACAAACACAAAGUGCUCAAAGUGCUCAACCCCAGCGCGAAGCCUGCAGAAACAUGCAUGAAGAGCUCCCACGAAGAGGCCACUCGUCAAAAAAAGUUGAACAAUGGGAACGACCAGACUUCAAGUCCAAAUGAUGAAUAUGACGACACCCCGCAGUCUAAACGCUUUGAGGUCGCAUUUUCCAUGACACCUCAGCCCUUUCUCGAUCCGCCCACCUGGGAAGCCAUGCUCAAGAUUAGUCAACAGAGACAUGCAGCGCAUUCAGCACAAGAAAACACAUCAGAAUCAUCUGUGAGCCAGCAAGUGGAAUCCGCCGAGCGGUUGAGACAACGUGUUGAUCAUGUUACUCUCGUGGGGUUUAGUUCAUCUGAUGAUUAG